AUGCGUGUGGUUGUCGACAGGGCUUCAACUGCUCGUAUUCCGAGUCCUCGCGCACGAUGGAAGUACCUGGACAACAUCUUGAUGCGAAGCGGGCCAUUUACGGAUCCUGAUGCGUUUCAGCCAGGCGAUAAUGUUAUCGAGACUCUGAGCCGUUCCAAAGUACUUGGAGCAGGCGGUCUUGGAUGUGAGAUCCUUAAGAAUCUUGCGCUUUCAGGCUUCAAAGAUAUCCACGUGAUUGAUAUGGACACUAUAGAUGUCAGCAAUCUCAACCGACAAUUCCUCUUCCGCCAAGCAGACGUUGGCAGCUUCAAGGCUGAAGUCGCAGCUCGUUUCAUCGAGAAGCGCAUCAAAGGAGUCAAGAUCACCCCAUACUGCGGCAAGAUUCAAGACAAAGAUGAAGCGUACUACAUGCAGUUCGCGAUGGUAGUGUGUGGUCUGGACAGUAUCGAGGCCCGCCGCUGGAUCAACGCCACACUCGUCGGUAUGGUAGAUGAGAACGACCCAGAUUCACUGAAGCCGUUAGUAGACGGUGGUACCGAAGGUUUCAAGGGCCAGGCGAGGGUAAUUCUUCCGACCAUGACCAGCUGCAUCGAGUGUCAGCUCGAUAUGCACGCCCCACGCGCUGCGGUCCCACUUUGCACACUAGCCACCAUCCCUCGUCAACCGCAGCACUGCAUCGAAUGGGCACACAUCAUUGCCUGGGACGAGGAGCGUAAAGACAUCACCCUUGACAACGACGACCCAGAACACAUCACCUGGUUAUACGAGAAGGCUCUCAAGCGCGCUAAGGAGUUCAAAAUUGAAGGCGUUACAUAUUCUAUGACACAAGGUGUAGUCAAGAACAUCAUCCCAGCGAUUGCUUCAACCAAUGCCAUUGUGGCUGCAAGCUGCUGCAACGAGGCGUUCAAGAUUGCCACCAACACGAAUCCGUUCCUGGGUUUCCCCGAGACCGACAACUACAUGAUGUACACGGGCGACGACAGCGUCUACACAUACACUUUCGAGCACCAGAAGAAAGACGACUGCCCUGUCUGCGGAGCUGGCAAUAUUGCACGACCCCUGACAAUCAACCCCAACGUUACAUUGCAGGAGUUCAUUGAUGGUCUGGCAGAGAGACCUGAAGCUCAGCUCAAGAAGCCCUCGAUCCGCACCGGAGAGAAGUCGCUGUAUAUGCAGAUGGCUGGCCUCGAGGAGCAGACACGCCCCAACCUUGAGAAGAAGCUGCGCGACUUGGUCGAGGACGGCGAGGAGAUUCUCAUCACUGACAGGUCGUUCCCUACGCAAUUCAAGUACAAGAUGGUGUACCAGAAAUAG